AUGUUAAAACAAUUUAUCCCUGUGGUGGGAGCGGGAAUCGGUGGUACUGCAGCAGCGUUUUACCUGAGGCAGGAGUUUGGAGCCUCUGUGAAGAUCGAUGUGUUUGAAUCCAGCGAUGUCGGUGGGCCACUGGCGACAGUGAAGAUCGGGGAUCAUGAGUAUGAGACGGGAGGGUUAACGAUCCAUCCUUUAAACCUACACAUGAAGCACUUUGUUGAAAAACUAGGUAUUCCUCCAAGGAAAGAGGUCUCAACUAAAAUGGCGAUCUUUGACGGAAAGGAGCUGACGUUUGAAGAGAGCGACUGGUUUAUAAUUAAUUUCUUACACAUGCUCUGGCGAUACGGCUUCAACCUGCUUCGAAUGCAGAUGUGGGUGGAGAGUAUUUUGGACAAAUUUAUGAGGAUCUACCAGUACCAGCAGUAUGGUUACUCAUUCUCCAGUGUGGAGAGACUCCUGCACGCUAUGGGCGGAGACAGUUUUCUCACCCUGAUGAAUCAGACUCUGGAGGAAACCAUGAGAAGUGAAGGAUUCUCACAGAUCUUCCUCAAUGAUUUUGUUGCACCCAUCACUCGUGUCAACUAUGGUCAAAGUGUCCGCAUCCACGGGUUUGCGGGGGCUUCGUCUUUAGCAGGAGCAGAUUCAGGUCAGUGGACCGUGGAUGGAGGCAACAAGAGAGUUUGCUCAGGACUGUUGUACAACAGUAAAAGUGAGCUCAUCCCUGCCAGAGUGACGUCCAUCUCAGUAAAAGUUCGACCUUCCAAGUCAGGCACCACAACCAGUUACUAUGAGGUCAGUUACGUUGGGGAAUCAGGCUCUGCUCACUCUCUUUAUGACAUUGUGGUAAUAGCAACACCACUUCACCAGGGGAAGUCUGACAUCACCUUCUCAGGCUUCUCUCCUCCGAUCCCGUCUCACUACCCUGGCCUUUACCACCAGACGGUGUCGACUCUGGUCCACGGCCUGCUUAACAUGUCCUACCUCGGCACCACAGAGCCCCCCUCUGACUUCACUGUGUCUGAUGUCCUCACCACGGACUCCAAGGGCUCGCUCAUCCACCGCCUGACCUCUCUCGACCCCGUGCACAUCCCUGCUGGUUACAAACGCCCUCCCGCCAGCCAUGCCAAAGUUUGGAGGGUGUCCUCGCCACAGCCGCUGUCUCAGGAGCACCUGCAGAACAUGUUUAUCUCAUGGGAUUCUGUGUCUGAGAACCGGCGGCUGGCUUAUCCUGCGUACCGCCCACCGCAUCGGAGGACCCCUCCGUUCGUCCUGCACAACCGGCUGUACUACCUCAGCGCUGUGGAGUGGGCGGCGAGCACCAUGGAGAUGAGCGCCAUCUCUGCCAGGAACGUGGCCCUGCUGGCACACCACCGCUGGCAUAAGCAGGUCGGCAAAAUCGACCAGGAGGACCUGCACACCCGACUUAGAGGGGAGCUCUAAGACGUCACCACUACUCUAGAUGAGAACAAAAAGCAAUAAAAUACUUCCAAUCAAGCAGAGUAUGUACAGAUGCUCAAGGGCACGUCUGCUGCACUGUGAUAACUCCAGUCAGGGUGAAUCCCAACUCUCUUUCAGGUAUCUGUGGUGCUCUGGCUUCCUUAAACUCUGAUUCUGGUUUGUUAAAGCUUCAUUUCUAGAGAGUAAAGUACUGUUGCUGAGAUUUACAACAUAACUCGAUUUAAGGUUAGUCAGUCAAAAAACAACUGGCAAAAUCAGUUGGUAAAAUAUUUGUAAACUUUUUUAUAUAAUUGUCUAAACAUUUGUUAACUUUUAUAGACUGUUAAUAAAAAAAUCGUCUCCACUUCCUCCAGUUAUCGAAAAAUAAUAAGAACGCGGCCAUCUUGCACAUUUGGAGUGUUGGUGAGGUCGUCUCAGCUGUCAAUCAUAAUGUUUCAUCCAAUUUUAAAUUAAAACCAAACUUACCAGAAACAUGAACACUUGAACAAAGUGUGAAAAGCUAACCUAAAAUGAUCAAAUCAUCUUCAUGAAUCAUCUUUGAGAGAGAUUUAUUUAAUCUCUAAUCCACCAACAUGGAGGAGGUGGGUUUAUGACGUAUACUUCAGCCAGCCACAGGGUGGCGAUCUAGAGGCUUUUCUUCACUUUUGGGGAUCUUUCAUGUCGUCUUUCUUUGUGUAUGGUCUGUGGUUUCAGUUUUUAAAGAGAAAAGAAAGAGGAGAGUUUUUCUCUCUUUCUUUUUUGGACCAAUCACUAGAUCGAGAAAAUUAUCUGCAAACAAAUCAAUAAUAUAAUGAUUAAUAAUGAUAAUUGUCAGUGACACCUGGAUGACAUCGGUACAAAGUUAAGGCAACAAAGACAAACUGGGAAAUGAUCGGAAUUAAACAUGUUUCAGGUGAAUUAAUAAAUUGGUUGAUAAUAAUCUUUAUUCCACAGGUAAACUGUUUCAUGCAGUAACUUCAAAUGAGAUAGUUUAGUUCAAACCAGACUGUAACAUGACAGUAUUGGUAAAAGUUUUAACAUUUUGUUUCCGAUCUGAAAUCUUUUUUAUUAAUGACUCUCCAUUCAAAGAUCCGAGCAGUAAACUUAGUGCAAUGCUACUACUGUAACUUUGAAAUUAAUGAAAAAUGUUCCUUUAAUAGCUCUUGCCAGCAGCCGCAUCUUCAUCAUCACUGUCACUGUUGAACCCUGAAGGCAUCACCAGCAACAGCAGCACAAGUCACAGUAAAUGGUGGAACUACGUUGUACUGUGUUGAAAUGUGUAAUCACUGUGAAUCAUACUGAACUGCAGGGUAGAACUACUACGCUCCUCAGUCUGUAUAUGAGUUUCUUGAGCAAAUUUUAGAUUUGUAAAAUCAUUUUUUGUGUUUUCCACGGCAAAGCUAACAUCACACAAACCAACCACUGUUAACCUUGAGCCAAAUUCAUGCAUGGCCUUUAAUAACAUGAUGCUGUCCCUUUAUUGAUGGACUCGUGUCUUCAGAUGAUUUUCUUACUCUGCAGCACACUACUGUAAAUGUUGUUAUAGUACAGGCAGCUGUCAGCAAGAGAGGUUUAAUACUAAGAUGUUUUCUCUGUAUACAAGAUGAAAAUUAUGUACGAAAAUAUUCAUGUAUUUUCUUAAAUAGACUGAUAAUAAUUGGAGUCUAAUUCACACUGAACAGUUGAAUUUAUUGUGGUGCCUUAAAGGUCCAGUGUCUUACAUUUAGAUGAAAGGGAUUUUUGACAGAAAUUGAAUUUAAUAUAAUCCUAGUGACGUCUUCACUGGUGUGUUUCAUCUAACUUAUUUGAAUUGUUGUUCUCUUCACCAUAUAAUGAGCUCUUUAUAUUUAAAAACUUUAUUUCCAAACUGGAAAAACUAAAACCUUUUGAGUUUCCAUGACAACGGAAGUUCACCACAUGUUCUUUAUCAUGUUGGGAAGGGGAGGGUGAGAUGAGGAGUAUUCCGCUGCAACAUGAAACUUCACCUCUAGAUGUCACUAAAUUCUACACACUGAACCUUUAAAGUCAAAGUAAUGAGCUCUGUUUUUAAAAAAGUUGCCUCUGAUUUUAGAAAACAUUUGUCUAAACUGUGAUUUUUAAUGAAGUGAAAUUUGCCAUCAAGAGUUUUAAACUGAGGCCGAUGCCUUUCUGUAUUUUGUUGUAACUGAGAUUUAAAUGAUGUCACUUAAAUAAACUGUACCUAUAUGUUGUUAAGCUAAUUUGGGAAGACCGCUACUGUUUGCUGAUUGUUUCUCAAGCACUUUUCAAAGUUAAUUUUUUAGAUUUUUUAUGUGUCAUAUAUAUUGCAAGAAUAGAAUUGUGCACUUUAAUUGAAUCAGAAAUCCACCUGCAAAUGCCAAAUAAAACCAAACCCAUGUUUCUUAUUUCUAGAUUCUUCGGCACAAAUAAAAGGAUACUUUAUCAUUUUAAAUUAAUUUAAUUUCAAACAUUAACUGAAACCUCCCUGAUCAAACUGUAUGUUUUAAAAAGUGUUUACAAUCACAAUAAAGUGAUGAGACCGUG